AUGUUGGCCAAAUCUAGCUUCUUUGUCGGUCUUGUGGCCCUCACUUCCGCCAACCCCAUUUCACUGCCGCUCGAGAAGGCAGUAACACCCGUACGGCGUGAAGUUGCAUCGCUUUGCGCUCAAUACGCUUAUUUCGCUGCCAAUGGUUAUGAAUUCAACAACAAUCUCUGGGGCAAGAGCGUUGCCACCUCCGGUACGCAGUGCACCUACGUGCAAAGCACCUCCCCUUCCGGCGUUGCAUGGUAUAGUACCUGGACCUGGGCUGGAAGUCCAGACGACGUCAAAAGCUACGUCAAUGCCGGCAAGCAAUUUGCCACAGGCCUCAAGAUUAGCAACAUCAAGAGUAUGCCCACGGCGAUCCAGUGGAACUACGAUCAAACCACCAACGUCCGCGCCAAUGUUGCUUACGAUGUGUUUACCGCCCAGGACCCAAACCAUGACAAGAGUAGUGGAGACUACGAACUCAUGGUCUGGCUUGCGCGCAUUGGAGGCGUCUACCCCAUUGGCAGCAAGAUAGCUUCUGUCAACGUCGCGGGCUACGGCUGGGAUCUUUACUACGGUCUCAAUGGUUCCAUGAAGGUCUACAGUUUUCUUCCCGCCAAUGGGGCGUGGUAUAGUAGCUUCAAUGCCGAUGUCAAGGCGUUUUACAACUACUUGAGCAGCAACCAGGGGUUCCCGGCUAGCACCCAAAACCUGAUUGUCUUCCAGCAAGGCACCGAGGCUUUCACCGGCGGACCCGCAAAGUUCUCUGUCACAAGCUACAGCGCGGACAUCAACACUUGA